UGGAGUAGGCCCAUAAAUGACAAAAGUGCUUAUCAGCGUUGGGAUGCGUGUUCAUAGCAGCUGCUUUGGGGGCUGUUUGUUCGUCAGACCCAUCAACUCAUUAUUCAAUUUACUCCUCUUCUCAAUUUCUCUUUCACAAUGUUAAAAUCCCAUCAUCCACGUUCCAUUUUCCUUCACCUCUCUCUCUUCAUUUUCUGCUCUCCACGUCGUUGCCAAUGGCGAAUUCCUCUAAUUCUUCCCUCAAAUCCGAUGCUCUAUUGGAUCAGAUGAAGCAGCAUCUCUCUACCGAUGCCGGAAAAGAGAUCGCUAAGAAAGUCGGCUAUGUUUAUCAGCUUAAUAUUUCUCCCAAGAAAAUCGGAACUGAUGUGGUGGUUUAUACUAUUGAUCUCAAGAAAGGGGAGGUUAUCAAAGGUCCAUACGAAGGAGGAAAACCAGACGCCACCUUAUCCUUCAAGGACGAAGAUUUCAUUAAAAUUGCUUUGGGGAAGAUGAAUCCUCAGAUGGCUUUCUUGAGGGGUGCUCUUCAAAUCAAGGGGAGUAUCAGUGCGGCACAGAAAUUCACUCCCGACAUUUUCCCGAAGCCUGCGAAGUUAUGAGCGGACAGAAGAGGGAAACUGCUGUUCCUGAAGCUACCACACAUUGUCAAUGUUGGAAGAUAUAUGGAUGGGUAUUUAGACAAUAAAAGUUAAAAGAAGCUGCUUUCAAUUGUCUCCAAAUCAAUAAUUCCAGUGUCAAAAGUAUUAGUCCAAUUCUCUUGUAGGAUAUCAUAACAUGUUGGGAACUAUUUCUCCUUAUUUAAUGUUCAAAUCAUUUUUCUCUUUGUGCAAUAUGGCUCCAAACCUUUCACAAGGCAUGCAAAUUGCUCUUUUAAGUGUUCUGUUGUUCGUUUUC